AUGACGCCAACAUCGGGGGCCGAUGGGUCUCGCAUUUCUGCUCUUUGGUCCGCACAGCGACAGAAACAUGUCCCUGAACUAUCCUCCGAUUCAACUUUCACUCCUUUCUCCCUCGACCCUGACACAUUGGGCGAUCUCGUGCAGUCCAGGGAUGUGCAGAAAUUGCGUGCCCUCGGUGGUGUAAGGGGUCUUGAGGAGGAACUACGAACCGAUAUACACUCCGGCUUGAGCUUGGAUGAGACCUACCUUGAUUUUUUCGCUGUGUCUACUAAUACGGCGUCCGCGGAUAAAGUGACCGUCCCCGAACGCCCUUUCACAGCGGAAUUUCAGCAUGAUGCAUUUGUUGAUAGGAGGAGAUAUUAUGGGGAUAAUUGCCUACCUGCGAAACCGCCCCCGAGCUUUCUAGGGUUGAUGUGGGCAGCUUACAAUGACCACGUUUUAUUUCUCUUGACUGGUGCUGCUAUCAUCUCGCUUGCCUUGGGCUUGUACCAGACACUCGGCACCACACACUCGGCCAACAAUCCUCCCGUCGAAUGGGUUGAAGGAGUAUCGAUCCUCGUCGCUAUCGUUGUCAUUACCCUCGCCGGUGCCGCAAAUGAUUAUCAAAAGGAGCACAAGUUUCGGAAACUCAAUAAGAAGCAGCAAGAUCGCAAUGUCUGGGUCCUUCGCUCUGCGCGAACUCACGAGGUUCCUAUCUCUGAGAUUGUUGUCGGUGAUAUUGUCCAUAUCAGCCCAGGGGAUAUUGUGCCGGCGGAUGGAGUGCUGCUUAGGGGCCACCAGGUCAAAUGCGAUGAGUCGUCCGCGACAGGAGAGUCUGAGCCCGUGGAUAAGAAUUCGCUUGAGACUACUUCGACCCAUGGUGAAGGAUCCGAAAUCGAUCCUUUUAUUCUUUCUCAUACAAAAAUCGUGGAGGGUGUCGGUGUCUUCCUUGUCGUGGCAACUGGCACACGAUCAAGCUAUGGGCGCAUCCUACUCUCUCUCAAUACCGAUCCAGGUUUCACUCCUCUCCAAGUCAGGCUGAGCAAGCUGGCAAAGAAUAUCGCCAACUUUGGUGGCAUUGCUGCGCUCGUGCUGUUUGUGAUUCUGUUUAUCAAGUUUCUGGUUGGUCUACGCCACAGCACCGAAACUCCCUCUGAAAAGGGACAAUCAUUCUUGAAUGUUUUCAUCCUUGCAUUGACGGUCGUUGUUAUCGCUGUUCCGGAGGGUCUUCCAUUGGCCGUCACCCUUGCACUGUCCUUUGCCACAACGCGGAUGAUGAGAGACAACAACCUAGUUCGUCAACUCCGAGCUUGCGAGACUAUGGGGCAAGCCACGGAUAUUUGCUCCGACAAAACGGGUACUUUGACAGAGAACAAGAUGACUGUUGUCUCGGGCUUUUUCGGUGUUACCUCGCAAUUUACUGAAAGAACAGCCAUCCCAGAAAUCCCUGGCGGGGAAAAUAAAACAUCGAGAGCAGGGUGCAUGGGCAUUCUCUCCAAAGAGACAAUAGUUCUGUUGAAGCAAUCGAUCGCGAUCAACUCAUCCGCGAUCGAAAGCCAAGGUGGAGGCAGGGAAUUCCUUGGCUCCCAGACAGAAGCAGCCUUGCUGCGGUUCUCUCAAGACUACCUUGGAUUGGGUCAGCUUGACCACGAUCGUUCCUGUGUUGAGAUCGUGGACCUUCUUCCUUUCGAUGCGUCGCGCAAAUAUAUGGUUACAAUUGUCAAGCUUCCCAGUGGCUCAUAUCGGGCAUAUGUCAAGGGUGCUCCUGAGAUCCUUCUUGGGAAAUGUGCAGCCAUAAUUGGAGAGCCAAUGCAGGGAGCUCAAAUUGCCCCUAUAACAGAAACCGAUAGUCAGCAAUUUGGUCAAGUAAUCGCACAGUACGCCUCGCGGUCUUUGCGCACUUUUGCAGUCUGCUUCCGUGAUCUUGAUCAGUUACCCUUCAAGGGAGACGAAGGAAUCAACUUCGACGAAGUAAUGAAUGGCCUCGCACUCCAAUGUAUUCUCGGUCUUCAAGAUCCCCUUCGAGCUGAUGCAUGGGAUGCUGUACAGACUAGUCACAAAGCAGGUCUGACGGUUCGAAUGGUUACCGGAGACAAUCACCUCACAGCAAGAGCCAUUGCCGAGGAAUGUGGAAUUAUCACUGACCCAGAUGACAUCGUUAUGGAAGGUGAUGAGUUCAGAGCCUUGAAUGAAGACCAGCAGAAGGAAAUAGUCCCACGCUUGAAGGUUCUAGCACGAUCUCGUCCAGAUGAUAAGCGGGUACUAGUUCAGCGGCUGAAGGACCUAGGCAGGGUUGUCGCUGUCACUGGAGAUGGCACUAAUGAUGCGCCAGCUCUGGCAGCCGCUGAUAUCGGGUUCUCAAUGGGGAUUUCCGGUACCGAAAUUGCCCGUGAAGCGUCUUCGAUUGUUCUGUUAGAUGAUACGUUCUCUUCGAUUGUGAAAGCCAUCAUGUGGGGAAGAGCAGUGAGCGACGCAGUGAAGAAAUUCUUGCAGUUCCAAAUCACUAUCACAUUCACCUCAGUCGGACUAGCAUUUGUCUCUGCAGUAGCCGACUCAUCACAGGAGUCCGUCCUAACCCCAGUACAAUUGAUGUGGGUGAACCUGUUCCAAGAUACACUGGCAGCCCUGGCCCUAGCAACAGAUCCACCUCCCCGCCGGAUCCUGGACCGGAAACCAGAACCAACGUCUUCGCCACUAAUCACACCCAACAUGUGGAAGAUGAUCAUCGGCCAAACUGUCUACCAGAUACUCGUGACACUUGUUCUAUACUUCGCCGGCGCUGCCAUUUUCUCCUAUCACGGCGAGCAUCAAACAUCGCAGCUGCAGACUGCUGUGUUCAAUACCUAUGUCUGGAUGCAAAUAUUCAACAUGUACAACAACCGCCAAAUCGAAAGAUCAUUCAACCUCAUCGAAGGAAUCCACCGCAACUGGCUCUUCAUCGCCAUCACGACUGUGAUGAUGGGUGCUCAAAUCUUAAUCAUGUUUGUUGGUGGCCGGGCGUUCUCGAUAACGAGAUUGACUGGUGAUCAAUGGGCUUAUUCCCUGAUUCUUGGCUUCAUCUCUAUUCCUGUUGGCUUUGUUCUGCAAGCUGUUCCUACUGUCGUUGUUGAGAAGCCGAUGGCUUGGAUGGGGAGGUUAUGGGAUAAAAUACGGCGUCGGUAG